UAAUGGUGUCAAAAUGGAAACCUUACAAUUAUUGCUGUCCUCAUUGAUGAUGCGUUGUCUUUUAAAUAGCCGAUUUUGUGAUGCCAAACAGGCAGAAAACCUUCAGAGGGCAUGCGACAAAGGAAAGUUCCACUACACUCAUUUAGAGAAGUGUUUGCCGUGUAAGUUUACUUGCAAAAUAGGUGAAGAAGUAUGCAGACACCAUGAUUGUCUUGACUUCAUGCAAAAACAGUGCAAGCAAGAAGAAUGCUACGAGGGUUCGAUUGGAAGAUGCAGUAAUAGUAAUAGUGCAAAAUGUCUACCAUUUGCACCCAGCCACCUCAAAGUGUUCAAUUUAACCGCUGUGGCAGCGACUGUUGAGUGGAUCUCGGAAUUUGAUGGCAAUGCGGAGCAGACAUUUUACGUCCAGUACAAGAAGCUUGCAGAUAAUUGGGAUGUUGCCUCAGAAGUGCCUCAAGGAGGAAUAGCUGAUACAGGUCAAAAGAAAACAGUCCGUUACAAGGUUACGGGUCUUAAGUCCAAUGUCACAUAUGUGUUUCGGGUGCUCAGCAACAAUUCUCAUCCGGGGUCUCCUAAGAGUGACUUCAGCAAUAUGGCAUAUGGAACGACACCAGACUCGCCACUUUCCACAUCGGAAACUCCGGACUCGACAACCUCUGCCACCUCUUCUAGGUUUACAUCAACAGACAUUUCCUUAAUUAUUAUCGUAUGCCUCCUCGGUUGUAUUGUUCUUUAUAUUAUUAUCUGCUUCGAAGGCAAUGAAGGCGGCACGUUUCAACCACUGCCACCUGAUCAACGUGACAAUGGUGAUGCUUGUCCUUCACAAGAUGCCCUAGAAAGAGCAGGCAAUGAUGAUCAACAAGAAGGAAGGGGUCCCCCUGAUGAACCUGCUCCAUUUAAUGAUGGUGAUUCUGACCAUGCACAACCUGCACUAGGCAAUGGUUACCGCCCAGAUGGAGAUAAUCAAAAUGAGGUUCAACCAGACGAGCAACAAUCUUUGAUUGAUCACGUACAAAAUGAUCGCGGGCAUAAUCAACACGCUGGAGGAGGAAUGGAUUGGCAGAAACUUAAUCUGUUGUGUAUUCCAAAAGUGUAUAAAACCUGACACAAAGACAAUUGUUGAGACCGUCAAUCCUGGAACAGAUUUCUCUCUUUGCUUCAAAAUACACUUGGUACAAGCCAAUACUUCGGCUAACAUUUUGAAUCGCUUUUCAGUGUUUUGUCCUUUGUUCAGUUCAUAUCAAUUGUCUGAUUGUAAAUGUACAUAAUCGUGUCGAGUACGCUAUCAAAUUGAAGUGGCUGACCGAUUGAAUAUAGAGAAGAGAAGAUCAACA